CAUCCGUAUCUUUCUCUCCUCCGCUGUAACGUCUCUCUCCCUCUCCCUCUGACCUUGGCGUUUGCUCCAUUUAGUUGUUUCCCUUGCUAGCAUUGCGCGCACGCCCGCCCACGCACCAUUCAAUAUCGCACUGGCAAACCCACCGUCCGUCCAUCGGUUUUGUAAUUGCACGGUAACCCGGCGGGCAAGCUUAUCGAUACAUAAUAUAUCUAAUACCCAACAUACCUAUGUUAAAGGGUAUUGCCGAUCAUGGAGCGAAUCUGACGGGGGUUCGUUGGUUCGUUGGUUGUCGGUGUGAAUUAACGAGAUAUCUAUAAGACAAGGAUAUUCCCAUUGUCAGGUCGUACCUCUCCAGCGCUCUCUGAAAGGAAUAGUUUUUCAAGUUGUGCAACGAAUCGGAUCAAGCUGGUAUUCUUCAAACCUGGUGUUCCUCGUCGAACAAUCGCAAUUCGAACCCGAGCGCCGAUCGUUAUGAAUAUAUGUAUGUCCUACUGUUUGCAAAUCGUGGGAAAAUCAUUAAAGAAGUCUGCGUCGGUAGCUUAAACCGAGUACAGUACGAAGCAAUGAACCAUUUGCGCGUGUGUUAUAAUCGUAUUUAGACACAUCGACGGUGAGGCGGUGAGGUGAGGUGAGAAGAUGCCGGCGAUAAAGAGGGAAGUCGUUGAUGCAGAGAACGUCGAGCCGAAGGUCGAACCGAAUUUGACAACGCUUACCUCCUUCGUUAGCUCGACGACCUCGACGAUCAGAUCGUCAACGACUGCUGCGGAAGAGGUUAAAGUCGAAACGAAAAAUGACGUCACCACGCAGGCCACCAACAAGGUCCUCAUGGAGCUCAAGGAUUUGGGCAAGGAAAUGUCGGAGGAAACCGGCGUGCCCGAAUGGGGAUUGGCUGCCAUUUUUAUAGCCAUCGGAGUCGUGAUCUUAGGAAUUUGCUUCUGCUGCAUAAGAAGAUGCUGUCGCAAACGGCGUUCAAAGGACGGAAAGAAGGGCUUGAAGGGGGCGGUGGACCUCAAGUCCGUCCAGCUUCUCGGCAGCACGUAUAAAGACAAGGUUCAGCCCGACAUGGAAGAGCUCACGGAUAAUGCCGAGGAACCUGACGAAGCCGAGAGUAAACAUAGCGAGGUCAAGCUUGGGAAGCUCCAGUACAAGCUGGAGUACGACUUUAACUCGAACAGCUUGGCAGUGACGGUUAUCCAAGCCGAAGAGUUGCCAGCGUUAGACAUGGGCGGGACGUCGGAUCCUUACGUGAAAGUUUACCUCUUACCGGAUAAGAAGAAGAAAUUCGAGACUAAAGUGCACAGAAAAACGCUCAAUCCCGUGUUCAACGAAACCUUCACGUUUAAGAGUGUUCCUUACGCCGACGCGAUGAACAAGACCCUCGUGUUCGCAAUCUUCGAUUUCGACAGGUUUUCGAAACACGAUCAGAUCGGCGAAGUCAAAGUUCCACUGUGCCAGGUAGACUUGGCCCAGACUAUCGAGGAAUGGCGCGAACUUCAGAGCGUCGAGGGUGAAGGUGGCCAGGACAACAAGCUGGGUGACAUCUGCUUCUCUCUCCGAUACGUCCCAACGGCCGGUAAACUAACUGUUGUUAUACUCGAGGCGAAGAAUCUGAAGAAGAUGGACGUCGGCGGGCUUUCCGAUCCCUACGUGAAAAUCGCUCUGAUGCAGAACGGCAAGAGGUUGAAGAAGAAGAAGACGUCGAUCAAGAAAUGUACUCUGAAUCCUUACUACAACGAGUCCUUCACGUUUGAGGUGCCCUUCGAGCAGAUUCAGAAAGUGCAGCUGGUUGUGACGGUAGUGGACUACGAUCGCAUCGGUACUUCGGAACCAAUUGGCAAAGUUGUUCUUGGAUACAACGCGAGCGGAACCGAACUUAGACAUUGGUCAGACAUGUUGGCAUCGCCCAGGCGUCCGAUAGCGCAGUGGCACACAUUGAAAGACCCGGAAGAUGGCGAUAAGAAGGACUAAAACUUUGACGAAUCCUGAACGAGUUUCAGCAGGACCAAUCAUUGCAAACGAUCAUCACAGUAUAAGUAUUACGUUGAACUGACGAUGCGUGUAUAUGCAAAAAGAAAAAAAUUCAGCGUCAAACACAACUGAAAGCAGACGAAAUUAACUAUUAUUAUUAUUAUUAUUAUUGUUGUUGUUAUUAUUAUUAUUAUCUAGAACGAACAAAUAUGAGAGAGUGACAUUGGUCGAGAAAAUUCACGAGCAAGUUAUUUCGUUGAUCGAUGAUGUAUAUCGUUUUCAAUUUUCAGUUAGUAUCUUAUGAAUAAUUCCGGCAUGAAUUCAUCGCAACUACUACUCUCUAAAUUUGAAUCAGGGCGAUUCACUUCAAUUAUGAGUAUACCAUUAUAAAAAAACCAGUAAAUAUACACUGACGAUUCAGUGACCUUUCACUGAUAUUUCACUGAUUUUCAGUGUACGAGUAUACGAGGUAGUCCAAAAGAACGUGAACAAGGUUGGACACCAACCUCCACCCAAUUUGUCACCGAUUUAUUUCAUACUUCUACUCCACCGUAUGUACAUUUUCCAGUUUUUCAGAUUUUUUUCAUCUGCCGUUUAGGAGAAUAUUAUAGGUAUCUUAGAUCUCAUCUUCCAUAACUUGCAAAAUGUGCAUUUGGUAAAAAGUUGUGGAGGGGAAAAAAUUGUGUUCUUUUCUGAAUUAGUCGAAAAUAAUUUUUUCCGAAUUUUCUGGAAAUCGUAAGUCAUCGUUCUCAACAAAAAAGCGCACAAAAAGCGAUAUUUCUCGAAAACUGCGUUCUCGAAAAAAUUGAUACUUGGAGAAAAUCUAUUUUUGUGCGAUCUUUGUUGAAAACGAUGACUCGCGAUUUCGAGAAAAUUCUAAAAAAAAAAAAACGCAAUAUUUUCUGGCCGACGACGUUUUUCCCAAAUGCACAAUUUUCGACUCAUGGAAGAUUAAAUCUAAAAUAUCUACUCCUAAACGGCAAGUGGGAAAAAUCUGUAAAAAUGAGAUAAUGUAUAUUUGGUAGAGUGGAUGUAGGAAAUGAAUCGGCGACCAAUUCAGUGGGGGUCGAGGUCCAACCUUGUUCACGUUCGUUUGGACUACCCCAUGUACAUUAAUUUUCUCCAGUGGUAUAUUUAUAAAUGGUUCAAAUCUAGGGAGUAGAUACAUCAUCUCCAAUCGUACCAUUUAACGCAUAUAGCGAGAAUUAGUGUCAUUGGCUAAUGUAUCGAUAUGCCUGCAAUGUGUGUAAUAUCAUAUUCAAUUAAAUCUCCAAUAUUCGCAUACUUUCUCUAAUAAAUAUUCGAAAUCCAAUGUUUACAUGAGAAAGUAUUUAGUGCCUUUUAUUACUUUACUUUUCCCCAAAAUACUUAAACGUCUCCGCAUAUUAUACUUGACGAACGUCGAUCCGUGUCACUGCUUCCUUAUGCGAAUGAAUUUGUUGUCAGAGAGAGCGUGCAUAAUACUAUCACGUAUACUAAACCAUACGAUACAUCAUCUUACGAAAGAAUAAUAACGUCAUUAUCAUUAUCACUAAUAGCAGCACGAUGAUAGUUUUAGCAACUCAUUACUAACGUUAUUAUUACUUUUAUUUAUUAUUAGUACAACAUUAUUAUACGUAGUUAUAAUUGUAUCGACUAGAAGGGAUAUGAAAAACGUAAUAAAAAGAAGAAAUAUCGUUAGAGUGUAAAACUAGGUGUGUAAUUGAAAAUGAAAUUCUGCGAGGGAAAUAAUAUCACGAGAAACGUUAGCAGUUAGACUCAGAGUAAAAUAUAUAAUACAAUAAUUUUAGUUUGUAAAAACGUUUUUAGUCCACCGGUGCGUACGGAAGACGCGAGUGCUGAUUAAAGGAAAAAAGAAAACGGUCCAACCCUUCAAUUCUUUAUUGACAAGAAACGUACCGAAUUAAAAUCCUGUACUGCAAUAAUAAGUGUUUGGAGAAUGGACCAGUCAUAUUUCAAUCUCCAAAUUAGAAACAGUUCUAGGAUAAAUUUGCAAAGUAUACCUGCAGCCCUGUUCUUAGAAAAUGAAGCUUGAAAAUCAUCAUUCAUUAGGAAUCAGUGCUACUUUAAAAGUCCAGGGGAUUACCUUUCAGGCUUAAACAAGAAGUUGAUGAAAAAGAAGAAUAAUAAGAUUGCAAGUCGGGGUUGAUUACGGUGAAGGUGGAAAUGACAGCAACUAGGGUAUACAGAAAUGGCGAAAAUAUCGAUCGCCCAAGUUUGCCAUUGUCGUCAAUCAAAUUGUCAGUUUUGUGCUCCUGAUUACUAUUAAGAGAACUGGAAUAAAUAAAAUGUCUAGCAUUCUGAGAGCCAAAUCAAGCUGGAACGCGUGUAUCAAAAAUGACUCGGUUCAAAAAGACGUUGGUCAGAUCUUAUUGUUAGUGAAAAUUUCAGUAAUUGAGACAACAGGUAAACCUGCGACUUGUUCACAGCGAGAAUUAAAGUUGAAAAUUCGUCGGAUGAAAUUCGGCAUCAUUCCCCACCUCAUAAUGAUUUGGCCAACUUUUACUUCGUCCGGAAUGCUGCAGUAUACGACAGACGACGACUCAUCGAUCACCAUUUACCCAGUUUAUAGCUAGUUGUUAUAUUAAUGUUACUAUAUCUAUACCUAGAUAUCGAUUCGUUGAUCAGUCAAGAAGAAAAAAGAGGCACACAUAGCACACCAAGAAUCAUGUAAAUAAAAGUGUUUAUAAGGCUAAUUAUAUUGAGUUGAUCGGAAAUUGUCCUUAUCAUUAUACUAUAUUAUAUCGUGUAUCAUUAGUGCAGCUUGCAAGAAAAAUGUCCCAUGUGUCAUGUGCAAAAACAAUCCCUACAACGCAGAUCUUUCAGGGUGAGAUUUUAACUGAUUUAUGACUCGCAUGAAUGAUCGCGAGAAUGAGAAAAGUACAGCGUUGCGAAUCAAAAAAAAAAAAAAAAAACACGGAUCGGCU